UCCUAUCAGCGCAGCGUUAGUGGGGAAGGAAAGUGGUCGCCAGCGAGUGAAUGUUUCUGUGUCAUCUGGCUAAGGUUUCAAGGUGAGAGCGCUAAAUUGUGGAAAAGCCAAACUCCUCUCCCCGAGUGGUUGAUGGACUGGACUGGAAAAGAAGUUUGUAAACAAAGUCGACUAGAAACGGCCAGCUUCGAUUGGGCGAGUAAAUGAAGAUUAAAUGAGAUCUUCCGUCAGUUAUAUGUUAUCGCAAGGACCAGGAGAUCCGAUUAUGGCGCACCCAGAUUAUGAACAGCACCACUACCACCAUGGCUGUUUGUUAAUUUUGGUGCGAGGAAUCGGUCCUCUAAAACCUCGGUCUUUGCAGCGCGUCUUUGAGCGGGUGCAGCGCGUCAACAACGUGAAAAUACCAGAUUCGUCCGGUAUAACGCGCGACAUUUGGGUCCGCUAUAUCCGCGACCAUCCGGUGGAGAACAACGAUUGGGGCGACUUCCAAACGCACCGCCGGUUACUGGGCCUGAUCACGGUCGGCAAGUUCGAUGCACAGAACGAGCUGAACGAGUUGUGCCGGGUUCACGAGUCGCUGAAGGUGAAGUACACGAACACGCUGUUCGAUUCCCGCUGCUUGCUGUUUGGUCCGACCACCGACGAGCUGCAGAAGCUGAGUACGGGCGGCGGCGCAGGGUCGGACGAUGAGAAGAGUGGCGGCACGAUCGAAAAAUGCUUCCAAACACCGAGCUACUUCAAGAGCCGUGCGUUCUUCUACCCCGAGAACGAUUCGUGCAGCAAUUUGGAAACGAAGAUUUCAGAGUUUAUUACCUCGCUCUACUACAUACUGGAGCUGAAGCGGUUGGAGAAGACGCGCGAGAAACUGGACAAGGCACCGCUGCUGUUGGCGCCGUUUGAAAAGAAGGAUUUCGUCGGGCUGGACCUGGAGAGUAGGAACAACAAAAAACGGUGCAUCGGGCGCAUGACGAAGCACUUGGGCGACCUGACGCUGCAGGCAGGGCUCGUGUCCGAGUCGCUAAACUUUUUCCACGCCGCCAGUGAAACGUUACGUGCCAUAAGCGACUCGCUGUGGUUGGGAGCCGCCAACGAGGGUCUCUGCGCGGCCUCCGCUAUACUGCUCUACCCGAACUUUCGCUACACCAUGUCGAUACAAAGAAACUCUAGUCUGCAGGAGAACUCUUCCUCUCCCCAGAACUCCACACUCAAGCACAAAAAAUCCGACAUGGUGAUCAAUCUGAACGACACCACAGAGACGGCGUCCAUCCUCACGGCGGCAGCGGCGGAUAAAACGUCGGCCUCGUCAAACUCGUCGGCAUCGUCGAUCAGUUCCAGCCUUUCUUCGGCAUCUGGCGGCAGCGGAACGGCCAGCGGUAGCUCAACCUCCGACUCGGGCACGCUGGUAAACAAAGCGGGUAACGGUGCGGGGACGGCCGCAAAGUUCCCGAGUAAUAUUCUGCAACCGGACGACAUUCCGGGCCGGUAUCGGGACGCCAUCAUCAACUACAGCAAGUACCGGAACGCGGGUAUCAUCGAAACAGAGGCAGCCUUGAAGGCGGCCCGUAUCUGCAUCGAGCAGGGUAAAAACCUGGACGUGGCCAUGUUCCUCCAGAACGUGCUGUACAUCAACCUGAACAUGAGCGAACAGCAACGGGUGCGCCGCUUCGAGGUGCUCACCGAUCUGUACCAAAAGAUUGGCUACAAUCGGAAGGCGGCAUUCUGUCAACGGUUAGCGGCCUGGAGGCACGUGGCACAAAGCAACAGCAACCCGGACUGGGGCCAAAGCUAUCGGUUGAUGUUGGAGAGCUUCCCCGGUCACAAGCUCUCGUUGGAACCGAACGAGGUCCUAGACAACAGUACCGGUUGGCCGGUACUGCAAAUCGACCUGCUGCAGCAGCUUGUCGGCACGGCUCGCCGCCUCGGUCAGUCGGCUCUGGCCACGCGUCACAUGACGUUCCUGCUGCAGACUAUGUGGAAAAAUCUUACGCCUCAUGAACAAAAGGAGAUGGCAUUGCAGCUGCAAAAUCUGAGUGCCCAGUGUGAGGGUGCCCCGGUGCCGUUGGUGCUGGAGAAUGGCAUCGUUAUCCCGCCUGCCAAUCUGACGGAUGUGCCCCGGUGCUCGCAGUUACAGGUGAAAGACCUGGCACCACACCAGAAGCCGGUGAAGAUCGUCGUGAGUAAGGUGGACAGUGGCCCGUUUCUGUUUACGCCCAUCCACUUCAGUUCACUCGAUCGUCGCGGACAGGAGCGGGACGACCGGAAGGUGACCUUUAGCUGGGUUCAGCACGAUGUUUGCGAGGUGCACCUAACGCUUCUGAAUCCGCUACCGUUCGAGCUGCUCGUGACGGACAUGCGCCUCCUGACGACGGGCACCGUGUUCGAAGCGUUCCCACAGACCGUCACCCUGCAGCCCAAUGUGCCGACCAGUGUCUCGCUACACGGAACCUCGAUCGAGUGCGGUGAGCUGGAAAUACAAGGCUACAGCACACACACGCUGGGCGUCAAGUCCAAUUGCCGGUUAAAGCACAUGCAGCACCGUAAGCAGCGCCACUUGCCACCCUGCUACCGUGUGAAAGUUCUGGCGGCCUUACCGAAGCUCGAGGCGAAAACGAGUCUCCCGCAGACGGCCACUUUCAGCGGCAUGCCAAAUGCCGACUUUGUCACGACCUCCGCCAGCAUCACGCUGUACAACGGUGAACGGAGCGAGUGUACGAUCACGCUCACCAACACAAGCAACAUCGCGAUCGAGUACGUGGACGCAACGUUCCACUCGGCCCUGGACGCCUCCUUGCAGCAACGGAUAUUUCAGCUCGCUAGCGACGAACUGAGCCGUAAGCUGCCGAUCGCGCCAAACGAAAGUAUCGAUUUCAAGCUCGUCAUCUACGGCGAGGCGGACUUUCUGGGGGCUGCGGGACCCCAGAGUUUGACCGUUUCGCACGGCGGUGGCGGUGGUGGUGGGACGCACACAGGGCACGCAGGAUUUCUGUCCGGUGGCAGUGGCAAUCCGAGUAUUCCGAGUCGCAUCAGCUCUCCGACGAACACGCACCGGCGGAACGAGCUGUUAACGUCCAGUUUCCGGUCCUCCCAUUCGGGCCACUCGUCGUUCGCAACGCUUAGCGUCGGCAUAUCGACCGGGCACGUUCCGCGCCAGCUAGACGCUCAGCUGCGCUUCAAGUACUCCGGGGGCGAGGGUUUACAGGAAGGCCACUGUCGCCAGUGUGCAAUCUCGUUCAACGUCGAACUGCUGCCGAGUGCCCAAAUCACCAACUGGGAUGUUUUGUCGGCCGAAAUACCGUCGCAGUUCUACCUGGUGCUGGAUGUGGUCAAUUUGACGGCUCAGGAAAUGUCGCUUAACUAUACCUCCAACAAGACAAUACUCAUCGAGGCUAAGGAGAGUUGCCGUGUGCCCGUCCCGGUACAGCGCUGCCCUCUCGAGCGCAUACUAGCGGCCGUGGCCGAGCACCAGCAGCAACACAUUCUGAGCGGUGUCGGUGGUGUGAGCACGAGCGACAGUGCCGAUCUGACGGAGCGCGUCUGCUCGGAGCACAUCACGGAGAACGUUAAUCUGAAGUGGUCCCUGCCGGGCAUCGAUUGCCACGGUACGGCGUCGCUGCGCGGUAUCACUCUCUCGCCCACGAUGCUCGAUCUCGUCACCGUUCCUCCGCUGGAAUGGGAGGUUAAAGUCGACGAACAGCUGGUGGCACCACAGUCGGAAGUAACCUGCGUCACGGGCCAGUUUCUGAGCUUCAGUAUUAGUAUCUGCAAUCUGUCCGCAUCGGUGCUGCAACAGGUGCAGCUAUCGGUGCAGUUCUACCAGGACUAUCAGAACGGAGUGCAGAACUAUCGGCUCGAAACACGCGUCACGAUGUCGGGACCGAAUCACAUUCUCAUUCCAUCGUUGAACAAGGACGAGAAAGCGUUCCACCGGUGCUCGGUGCUGUUCUUCACGCCAGGACGGUUUAAAGCCGAUAUUCAGUGUCGUUCGCUUAGCUCAACUCAACAAGCACCGCACCGAGGGGACGAUUCGGGCGCAGGUGGUGGCCCCGAGACGGCAUCGCACGUUUGGCGCUUUAUUCCUCCGAUCGAAAUCACUGUCAUGGAUCAGCAGUAGAGGCAAUCGGAGUGACGGUGCUGGCAACAAACACAAAUGAACAAUAAUGGAAAAACACAGGAAAACUUUCGUUCGCUACGGUCACGGUUGGGAUUGCUCGGGGGUCGCGAGUAAGGGGGUGGCGGUGUUCGCUUAAAAGCCACAUUCUAGUACCUUUAAGAUUAGGAAUUUGCGGAACGGGCAUGGGGUGGGAAAAUGCUUUACGAAGAAGGCCCAGGUAGUGUCCUUUACUCUCUUUUGCAAACACAUUGCAUCACACCGCACCGUUGGCGCGUGAAUCUGGCCAGUUGGGGAGGGUCAUGAAUGUUGUCCAAGAUAUUACAGUCGACAUUGGAAGAAUCUAAAUCUAAUCGAAGCAAUAUGAACAGAAAUUAUUCAUUAUUAUAAUUGGUGAUUAAACUACCGGAAUGCGAAACAAAAGCACGAUGGAGCCGUGCGUCCAGUUUUCGCGAAGAUAUUUCUAAACGUAUGCAACGGAACGCCACCAAUCGAAAGGCCCAGUGGACCUCUCGAUGCAUUGCAAUUUGUUACUCAAAACGAGACGCUCUAUAACGGAGAAUAUAGGUUAUCUUUCCUUUUUUGAUCUUAUUUUUGUUGUUGAAGAAUGAUGGGAAUGUUAUUUAUGACAAGCAAAA